AUGCAUAUCUCUGGUGUUUUCAAUCUCACGCCUCUAGUGUUCAUCAUCAAGCUGUCAGCAGCUGAUCCAGGUGCUCCCAUCCCCCCUACAGCAUGGUCAGCAGCAUCGAAAAAAGCCAGUGACUUUGUGUCCCAACUUGAUCUAUCUGAGAAGAUUGGCAUUGUUUCUGGUGGGUAUAACACACCCAGCCUACCGUGCGUGGGGGCAAUUGGUGCAGUGAAACGCCUUGGGUUCAAUGGUCUUUGUCUAUCGGAUGGACCGACUGGAUAUUCUCGUUCAGACGGCGCUAGUGUCUUUCCAUCUGGCAUCACCACUGCUGCGACAUGGGACAAACAUCUCAUGUACGAGCGGGCCGUAGCACUUGGAGAGGAGUUCAAGGCCAAAGGAGCCCAUGUUCAUCUUGGCCCAUCGACCGGCCCGUUGGGUCGCAGUGCUCGUGCUGGCCGCAAUUGGGAGAGUUUUGGCCCGGAUCCGUAUUUAGCAGGUGUUGCAAUGGAUGCGUCUGUUCGAGGCAUUCAGUCUCGCACGAAUACCACUCUCGACGACGGCACCAUUAUCGAGGGGAUAUCUUCAAACAUCGACGAUCGAACCCUUCAUGAGCUCUACAUCUGGCCUUUCGCAAACAGUGUUCACGCGGGAACGUCUAGCAUCAUGUGUGCGUAUAAUCGGGUUAAUGGAAAUUAUUCCUGUGCCAAUUCGAAUAUCCUUCAAACAAUAUUGAAGGAUGAACUCGCGUUCCCUGGUUAUAUUGUCUCAGACUGGUAUGCCACACACUCGACAGCCGAUUCCGCAAAUACGGGACUUGAUAUGGAGAUGCCGGGUAACGUGAGUGCACUUGCCGGUCCGGCCUUUUUUGGGACCCCACUUCUUGAGGCAGUGAAUGGUGGAAUGGUGAACCAGAGCCGCCUAGAUGACAUGGCAAAGAGAGUCAUGGCGCCGUACUUUCUACUCGGUCAGGAUCAGAAUUAUCCCACGGUAGAUCCUUCAAGUGGUGCCGUUUUUUCUGUCUACCAGUACGGCCAUGGCUAUAGCCUCCCUUUCACGUAUCCAGAGGUCGAAGCUCGCGGUGUACGCGGAAAUCACUCGGACAUUAUCCGACAAGUCGGAGCGGCUGGAACUGUGCUUCUCAAGAACAAAAAUGGCGCGUUGCCACUAAAAGAUCGCAUGAACAUAGGUUUGUUUGGCAACGAUGUUUCAUAUCCGGUCGUUGGUUCUGUCUUCCGCGAUAUAGGGGAUAGCCCAGAAGGCUACGAGAUGGGCACUCUUGACGUUGGGGGUGGCUCUGGUACCGUGAGGCAUACGAAAUUGGUAACACCACUAGAAGCGAUCCAGAAACGCGUGGAGUCUACAGGAGGACGAGUUCAAAUGCUGUUCGAUAACGACAUCGUGGCCGGAGGACUUUUUAGGACCAUAUAUCCUACCCCAGACGCCUGUCUACUGUUUCUCAAAGCCUUCGCAACAGAAGGAUCCGACAGGUCUUCGCUUGAACUUCAAUGGAACGCUACAAUGGCAGUAGAGUCCACAGCUGCGAUGUGUCCGAAUACUAUUGUCGUCACUCAUGGACCUGGUGUGGUCCUGAUGCCAUGGGCUGAUAACGAGAAUGUGACAGCGAUCUUAGCAGCACAUUAUCCUGGAGAAGAGACGGGUAACUCAAUUGUCGACAUUCUGUGGGGCGCCACGGAACCCUCUGGACAACUUCCUUACACUGUACCCAGAAAUGCUUCAGACUACGGUGCACCCAUCGUCGAUACGGUUGUAGACGAGAAGGAUCCGAACGCUUGGCAAUCCGACUUCGUCGAAGGACAAAUGAUUGACUACAGGCAUUUUGAUGCCUACAAUAUCGAUCCGUUAUACGAGUUCGGGUUUGGACUUUCCUACACUACUUUUGAGAUGGGAGAUAUUCUCGAAGUGGAGAUAGUCGAUGGACCCCUAUCACCCAUUGCAAACAUUUCUCUCGGGAUGAUUCCAGGCGGACUGCAGGAUUUGUGGACUACGUGCGCAAUCGUAAAGGGCCAGGUUACCAAUUCGGGCGAUAGGGCAGGAUUCGUGGUUCCCCAACUCUACCUUUCGUUGCCUCAGGAAAGCACCCCUGCUGGUACUCCUCUGAAGGUCUUGCGUGGAUUUGAGAAGAUCUUUCUUGAACCUGGUGAGGGAAAGGAAGUAAAGUUUGAAUUAAUGAGAAGAGACCUUAGUUUUUGGGAUGUCAACGAGCAGAUGUGGGUUAUUCCUACUGGAGCUGUGAAUUUCUUGGCCGGUUUCAGCUCUAGAGACAUCAAGGCAGAAACUAAAUUUUCUCUCAUUGAUUAG